GCGAUAUCUGCUCCCGCACUCUACUACUAGCCAGGACGAUGCGUUUCGAGGUUGCCCUUGCGCUUUGGAGCCUCGAGGUCGUCGCAAGCAGCGUGAAGCCGUCCAUUCUCGAUGCGCAGCGAGGGACAUGUCUCGAUGCGGCUUGGGUCCAACGCACGGCGGCCACGUACGAUCUUGAUCCUAUCGGUCGCGACAGCCAAACCGCCGAGUGAACCCACUGCUGCAGCCGGCGCUCAAAUCGCCCCGCUUCUUUGUCAAGGACCCACGCAUGGACAUUCCAAACGUCUUCGGCAAUUGCAUGCAGCCAGGCGAAGUGAUCCACGGCGUCGGCGAGACCGUGUACGCCAACGGGUCGCAAGCGUACGCAGGCGUCUUCAACGGCACCGUCAUUCUCGAGCGCAACUCGUGGGCAUCCCACGACGUGAACCGUGCUGUUUUGAGUAUCCUCCUCGACGAAGUGGUCGGAUACCGCGUCUCGAUCUUGGACACAAUAGAUGGGAUCAACUGCGCCGAGCGCAUGUCGUUCCAAGGCCUCGGACGCUGCACGCCAACCCAUGGGAACGGGGAGGUCUGGCCCAACGGAAAACUCAAAACAAUCGAGGCCUUUGCUAACGCGACCAAGCGUACAACAACGGGCUAUGGUGGCUUAAGCGGGCUCUAUACACUGACGGAUAACGUCAAUGAAAUCAUCAAGGGACCCGCGUCGACAAAAGGGUCGUUUUCGGAGCCUUUCUCAGCCGACUAUUGGCGCGACUACGCCAGUUCUACCGAGCUCGUCAACUUCUACUCGAUAGCACGAGCCAACUUGAGUCAACUCGUUGUCCCAAGUAUGUGUCCUAACGGCACGCUUGGCUGCAUUGACGGGUGCUCCAAGUCGCCCGCAUGCACGGAAGCCGAAAAGAACAGUAAGCAGUGCAUUCUCGUGGCCAUGAUGGACCCUGGGUACGACGUUGGUUUCUUCCAAGCGCUGGUCUCCAACAGCAACAUCCCGGCCUACUUUUGCUUUGGGGGCGAUGCCAAAAUGCGCGACUACGUCACUUCUGUGAUGCGCGCUGGCGGCGCAGUCAUCUUUUACGCGUUCCAGCCGGACAUCAUCUUCCAUGAAUACCCGGGCAAGUUUACGCGAAUUGCGUUCCCGCCCUCGGACCCCGCCAACAUUGCCAAUGCGACCAACUCGUUUGGCGAAAACGGAUAUGGCAACGUCACAUCGAACCCUGUCAAGACGGACUACCCGAUGACGCCGCUUCUGCAGUACAUCUCGCUCGUGCUCAAAGCUGAUACGCGCCUCACAUCUUUUGUGACGCAGUUCCAACUGGCCCAGCUUGAUCUGGACAAUCUCCUCCGCGACUACGUCGACCACGCGAAGGAUGCGACGAUUCCAGACCCCGCCUUUGCCGCAGCUUGUCAUUGGGUUCAAAACAACUACCUCACGUGGAGCAACUGGAUCAUGCCGCUGCCUCUCUGCACGCUUCAACGCAGCGUCUCGUUCUCAUACCAAGGCUGCAACGCGUCCACGCGCCUCAUCUCCUUCGUUUGGAACACGCCGAGUCCCGCCAACGCCUCGCUACCGUACGACUGCGACGGCGGCCUCCUCGUCAUACCCGCCCCGUACGCGUCCAGCAAGACCUGCGCGUGGCUCGACGCCAAUACCAAGACGUGGAUGAGCUGGCUCAGUAGUCCGCCCAUCUGCGACGCCACCUUUUACAACUACACCGUCACCGACUGCUCGGCGGAGGCGCUUCGGUCGGUCCUCUUCUACUGGCUCUUGCCAGACCCCGCCAAGCAUACGCUGAGCCUCGAGUGCAGCGGUGGUGCGAGCCUGCCGGCCAACAUCACCAUCGACUGCGACUAUGUCCCGUUGUCGUCUGGGACGUACUCGAGCAUGGUGGCGUUUGCCGCGUUCGUGCUGGCUGUCCUGGUGGUCUGCAUGAUUCUCAUAGUGCUGUUCCGCGAGAAGCCCGUGAUCAAGCGGUCGCAGUGGCACUUGCUCAUUGUCUUGGUGCUCGGCGGCAUGUGCAUGUGUGUGUACGUCAUAUUGGGCGGCGGCGCGCCGUCCAAUACGGUGUGCGGCGCUCGGCCUGUGUUCGCCUCGAUCGGGUACACGCUGGCGUUCGGCUCGCUUUUGCUCAAGUCGCUGCGUGUGUACCUCGUCUUUCACAACAAGGCGCUCAAAAAGAACGUCGUGACCGUCGCACGCAUGCUCCACUUUCUCCUUGGGUUCCUCUCGAUCGACGUUGUGAUUCUCGGCGUGUGGUACCUCGUGGACUUUCCUGCGCCAACAUUAACGGUCGAAGCCGCGACGGCCUUUACGGGGUCGGUCGACCGCGUGUCGUGUCACUCGUCGAGCUUUAUCUUUCCCGCGCUUUGCAUCUUUUGGAAAGCUGUCAUCACCUUCAUUGGUCUCUAUAUCUCGUUCCUCAUCCGGCACGACGAUGGCGACUUUCAAGAGUCCAUGUGGAUUUUUUCGGCGGCGUGCGUGGUGCUCAUGGGGUCACUGUUUCUGAUCCCGCUUGCGUACUUGGUGGCGCUCCCGGCGACGACGAGUUUUGCGUUUUGCUCGGUGAUCACGCUCGUGUGCACGCUGGUCGUGAUGGGACUCAUGCUUGGACCCAAGUUUGCGCGCCUCAACCUCGCAGACUUGAAGUCGUCCGGCACCACGACAGGCACGAAGACGAGAAAGAGUGUGAAAUCGGCAAAAAACGUCAACACCGCACCCAAGUGACAACUGUAAAAGAGCACGAUGCAUGG